CCGCGGCUCCGCUCCGCACUGCCCGGCGCCGCCUCGCCAUGGACGCGCGCGGGGGCGGCGGGCGGCCCGGGGAGAACCCGGCCGCGACCCCCGCGCCCGGGCCACCGCCGCCGCCGCCCGCGACUCCUCAGCCGCAGCCGCAGCCCCCGCCCGCGCCCCCGCCGCCCCCGGGCCCGGGCCCCGCGCCGCCCCCGGCCCCGCCGCGCGCCGAGGAGGCGAAGGACGAGGGCGGCCCGCGCGGCCGGCUCCGCAGCCGCGACAGCGCCAGCGGCCGGCCCGGCACCCCCGGCACCCCCGGCGCCCCCGGAGCCCCCGGCGCGGCCAAAGGCGGCCCGAAUGGCGAGUGCGGGCGCGGGGAGCCGCAGUGCAGCCCCGAGGGCGCGGCGCGGGGCCCCCAGGUGUCGUUCCCCGCGGCGCCGGCCGAGGAGGAGGCGGGCCCGGCCGGGGAGCCGCGCGGCAGCCAGGCCAGCUUCAUGCAGCGCCAGUUCGGCGCGCUCCUGCAGCCCGGCGUCAACAAGUUCUCGCUGCGGAUGUUCGGCAGCCAGAAGGCGGUGGAGCGCGAGCAGGAGCGCGUGAAGUCGGCGGGGGCCUGGAUCAUCCACCCCUACAGCGACUUCAGGUUCUACUGGGACUUCACCAUGCUGCUGUUCAUGGUGGGCAACCUCAUCAUCAUCCCCGUGGGCAUCACCUUCUUCAAGGAUGAGACUACGGCACCCUGGAUCGUGUUCAACGUGGUCUCCGACACCUUCUUCCUCAUGGACCUGGUGCUCAACUUCCGCACGGGCAUCGUGAUCGAGGACAACACGGAGAUCAUCCUGGACCCCGAGAAGAUCAAGAAGAAGUACCUGCGCAGCUGGUUUGUGGUGGACUUCGUGUCCUCCAUCCCGGUGGACUACAUUUUCCUCAUCGUGGAGAAGGGCAUCGACUCCGAGGUCUACAAGACCGCACGCGCCCUGCGGAUCGUGCGCUUCACCAAGAUCCUCAGCCUGCUGAGGCUGCUGCGCCUGUCCCGCCUUAUCCGCUACAUCCACCAAUGGGAGGAGAUCUUCCACAUGACCUAUGACCUGGCGAGCGCGGUCAUGCGCAUCUGCAACCUUAUCAGCAUGAUGCUGCUGCUGUGCCACUGGGACGGCUGCCUGCAGUUCCUGGUGCCCAUGCUGCAGGACUUCCCCAGUAACUGCUGGGUCUCCAUCAACAACAUGGUGAACCACUCGUGGAGCGAGCUCUACUCCUUCGCGCUCUUCAAGGCCAUGAGCCACAUGCUGUGCAUCGGGUAUGGGCGGCAGGCGCCCGAGAGCAUGACUGACAUCUGGCUUACCAUGCUCAGCAUGAUCGUGGGUGCCACCUGCUACGCUAUGUUCAUCGGCCACGCCACCGCCCUCAUCCAGUCGCUGGACUCCUCCCGGCGCCAGUAUCAGGAAAAGUACAAGCAAGUGGAGCAGUACAUGUCCUUCCACAAGCUGCCCGCCGACUUCCGCCAGAAGAUCCAUGACUACUACGAACACCGCUACCAGGGCAAGAUGUUCGAUGAAGACAGUAUUCUGGGCGAGCUGAAUGGGCCACUGCGGGAGGAGAUUGUCAACUUCAACUGCCGCAAGCUAGUGGCCUCCAUGCCGCUCUUCGCCAACGCCGACCCCAACUUCGUCACAGCCAUGCUGACCAAGCUCAAGUUCGAGGUCUUCCAGCCGGGCGACUACAUCAUCCGGGAGGGCACCGUGGGCAAGAAGAUGUACUUCAUCCAGCACGGCGUGGUCAGCGUGCUCACCAAGGGCAACAAGGAGAUGAAGCUGUCCGAUGGCUCCUACUUCGGGGAGAUCUGCCUACUCACCCGGGGCCGGCGCACGGCCAGCGUGCGCGCUGACACCUACUGCCGCCUCUACUCGCUCAGUGUUGACAACUUCAAUGAGGUGCUGGAGGAAUACCCCAUGAUGCGGCGCGCCUUUGAGACGGUGGCCAUCGACCGCCUGGACCGCAUAGGCAAGAAGAACUCCAUCCUGCUGCACAAGGUGCAGCACGACCUGAGCUCGGGCGUAUUCAACAACCAGGAGAACGCCAUCAUCCAGGAGAUUGUCAAGUACGACCGCGAGAUGGUGCAGCAGGCCGAGCUGGGCCAGCGAGUGGGCCUCUUCCCGCCACAGCCGCCGCCGCAGGUCACCUCGGCCAUUGCCACACUGCAGCAGGCCGUGGCCAUGAGCUUCUGCCCGCAGGUGGCGCGGCCGCUCGUGGGGCCACUGGCGCUGGGCUCGCCGCGCCUCGUGCGCCGCGCAACCCCGGGGCCGGUUCCCGCCGCAGCCGUGGCUGCCGCCGCCUCCUCGCCGGGGCCCGCACCCGCUGCCAGCCCCCCAGGCGCGCCCGCCAGCCCACGGGCGCCACGGACCUCGCCCUAUAGCGGCGGCGCCCCCAGCUCGCCCGCGGGGCCCCGCGCCGGGCCCACCCUGCCCGCCCGCCGUCUGAGCCGCGCAUCGCGCCCGCUGUCGGCCUCGCAGCCCUCGCUGCCCCACGGCGUGCCCGGCCCGGGGCCCGCGAGCACCACGCGCCCGGCCAGCAGCUCCACCCCGCGCCUGGGGCCUGCGCCCGCCACGCGCGCCGCUGCCCCCAGUCCGGACCGCAGGGACUCGGCCUCGCCCGGCGCCGCCGGGGGCCUCGACCCGCUGGACUCCGCGCGCUCGCGCCUCUCGUCCAACUUGUGACCCUCGCGCGCCGCCCCGCGCCGCCAGCCGCCGGGGCUCACCCAGACCAAAGCCAUGCCCGCCCCACCGCCGCUGCCGCCGCGCGAGCCCAGGAGCCCAGGGCCGCGGGCCUGCAGCCCAGCCCGGACGGGCGGCGGGCGGCGCUCUCGCCCCGCUGUCCUCCCUCGCCCGCCCGCCCGCCCGCGCUCACCCUCACUGCCCUGCCGGCGGCGGUCGCGCCGAGCGAGGGGCUCCCUUCACCUCGGUGCCUCAGUUCCCCCUGCCGGAGCAGGGACGGGCCGGCCCCUGGCCGCGAGGAGACGGCUGCGGGGCCGCCCAACCGCCCCGGUGGGCGCCCGCCGGCUCCCCGCUGCUGUCCCCGCCGCGCUCACGCAAUAACCGGCCCGGCCCCUCCCCCACACCCGCCCCGGGGCGCCGCGGGGCGAGGCUGGGUCCCGCCGCCGCAAUGAAUGUACUGACAGCCAGGCAGCAGCACAGCAGCGGCCCCUGCGCCCCGUUAACCCUCCGCGCCCCAUUCCACGCAAUAAACCACAGCACUGGCGCC